AUGGAAGAGGUGGUUGAAGUAUUUGCAGAGCCACCAACAUCAACAGCAAUAGGACGAAUUAACCACCACCACCACCACCAAACCUCUGCUAUUGCCAAAAUCCAAAAACAGUACCUGCAAACGAUCACAGUAGUCCCAGAGAGGCCAAUGAACGGACACGAUAACAACUCUACAAUCGUACAUGGGCAGAGGCAGAGCUACUCAGAAGGUGGUUCAGAACAUGACAGUGAGGGAGAGGGAGAGCUUAACCCACAAGAUGCUUGGCUUCCUAUCACCGAGUCCAGAAAAGGCAAUGCCUAUACCUCAGCAUUGCAUCUACUUUGUUCUGGAAUCGGAAUUCAAGCCCUUUUACUUCCUGUUGCAUUCGCCGCCCUCGGAUG